AUGAGCGUUCCGGAACCUCGCGCCUGGGUGGUACUCGUGGUGGGUAUCUUUCUGGGUCGCCUAUCGGUAUCCGUCACCCACCCGACGACGUGUUUGAGCCCGUCCUGGUCGCCGAUAGCGGUGGGGGACGCUCGCAUCUACUACAAGCCGAAUGAAUCCAUGCCGGGGCUCCCGCAGCCUCCGACGAAGCCGGGCGAGGGGUUCAAGUUCGAGGACGCGAGGGGCUCUUACGAGCGGUUGGAGUAUCCGGGCGGGGAGUACGUCAACCUGGUGUACACGAGAGCCGGACACAAGAGGAGCGGGGACAUCCACAAGUGCGCGCAGGUGAACACCGUCGUCGUGGGCGAGGCGCUCCUCACCCAGGUGAUGAAGGACGGCGGCGAGACGCAGACGAAGCUGAGGGGCGGGGACCACGUGGUCAUUCCUCCACACGUGCCGCACCUGUAUGAGUUCACGAAGGACACGCUGAUGACCGAGUCCUGGACGCACAGGGAGCCGGACGCGGACCGGGCGCAGUGCGAAUACGAAGCGUGGUUUCACAAGAAACUGAGGGCGAGGAUCGACGCGCGGUCCACCGUAAGAGACGGGUGA